UGAGCUGAAAAUAGAAGGACCAAAGCAGAGGCAUCCCUCCGGAGGAGUUUCCGUGUCUUCGGAGAUGGUGCUAGGAAUGGAAGGCGUCGAAGUGGGAGCAGAUGGCAAGGUUGUGUCUUAUGCAAAGUUCCUGUAUCCAACCAAUGCUCUCGUUGGCCGUAAAAAUGACGUCCACAGUGCCAUUCCUUUGUGCCGAGCCGGCGUUCCGCGGAGUGCUGGGGGGUCGAGGCACAAAACCACAACAGCCAAAACGAUAUCCUCAGCGACAGAUAUUGGAAAUGAAGUUGGUGAGCUAGCAGAGUACAAUCCCAAUCUCCUUGAUGACCCCCAGUGGCCGUGUGGGAAGCACAAACGGGUCCUCAUCUUUGCCUCGUACAUGACCACAGUCAUAGAAUACGUGAAACCCUCAGACCUUAAAAAGGACAUGAAUGAAACUUUUAAAGAGAAGUUUCCUCACAUCAGGCUGACACUGAGCAAAAUCAGAAGUUUGAAGCGAGAGAUGCGGAACCUGAGUAUGGAAUGCAACCUGGAGCCGGUAACUGUCUCCAUGGCUUACGUUUACUUUGAGAAGCUUGUUCUCCAAGGCAAGCUCAAUAAACAGAACCGAAAACUGUGCGCCGGUGCUUGCGUGCUCCUUGCAGCCAAGAUUAGCAGCGAUCUCAGGAAACAUGAAGUCAAACACCUUAUUGAUAAGUUAGAAGAGAGGUUUAGAUUCAACAGACGAGAUCUCAUUGCAUUUGAGUUCACAGUGCUCGUUGCUUUGGAACUAGCCCUCUAUCUUCCCGAAAACCAAAUGUUACCUCACUUCAGGCGUCUCGCGCAGCAAUCCUAGCGGCCGCUACAUCCAGCCAAGUGACUGCCGCUUCGCUGUGCUGACUUCUGGGUAUUGACCACUGGUCUUUUCGGCACCACAAUAUCAAACUAAGUUGUGAAUAUAACUAGUGUGAAGACUGCAGCAGGACUUCGAUGGAGCUACCAGGAAUCAGGUGGACCAUACGGCUUCUUCUGUGUGGGGAAAGUGGCCAAAAAAGAGCCUUUGGGCUUUGAACAUUUAAAGCAUAAAGAGUUCUCAUCCGGUUGCUGCCGGAGCAGCUGGUCAUACCACAUAGACGUUUUCAGGUUUUUACUUAGUUCUUCCUUCCCUCCGAGCAUUGAUUGCUGUGUGGCUCCCUCGCCCCUUGAAAAACUUCGUCAUUCGUUUCAUCGUCAGACCUAAAGGACAACGAUCACUUCCAUUC